AUGAUCAUGGCACGACAGCGUACGCUCCGUCUUCGGGAGAAUGGAAGUGUGUCGGUACGCGGCUUGACGAAACUAGUUCUUGCUGUCCUUCUCCUCAGCGAUCGCUGGCUCGAGAACACGAAAAUCGAGUUGCUAGAUAAUUUCAGGAUAGAAUCGGAUGUGGCCGAGACGAUGAAGGCUCAAAUAUCACAAUAUGAGCGGGAGGACGCCGAAGAGCUUAUGCGCCAGAGGACCAGAGCCGCCGAGGGUGGACGGAUCAGAGUUGCCCGAACGCUCUAUAGUCAAGCAAAUCGGAUUGUCUCUCCAACUACGAAUUUAUCCGGAAGAGGGCGGAACCCAUCCUCGGGGGUGGCCACGGUGCCGUCAAAGAAGGGAUUUUUCUGA